AUGGGGGCGGACACUAAGAAGGAGAAGAUUAGGAUAUUGCAAGUUUCAAAUAUAUCUGUGACUGCCACUAAAGAUCAGAUCUUCACUAUGUUCCAGUACAUUGGGAGAAUCGAAGAAAUGAAGGUGUACCCUUCUGAUAUGAACAUCACCUCGUCAACGACUUCGAAGUGUGCCUUCAUAAAGUAUGAUGAUGAUCGUGCAGUGGAAGUUGGCCAGCAUUUGACAAAUACAGUUCUUAUUGAUCGAGCCAUUGUUUGCGCUCCUUAUCUUCAAAGUGUUAUUCCCGACGAAGCUACUUUCACGAGCACUGGAGGUCCCGUUACUGCAGGUCAACGCCAGCUGCCUCCACAUGUUGUGAACAAAAUUCAGAACCUGGAAGAUGGCACCUCUGUGUUGCUUACAGUGGAUCCACAAAUGGAAGCUCUUGGACUUCCAUCCUAUCCACCACUUCCUGGAAAUACCGACCUAGCAAAAGUGGAGGAAAUCAGAAGAACAAUUUAUGUUGGCAAUUUGCCCAAAGGUGUUGAUGGGCAAGCCGUUCUCGACUUUUUCAACAGCUAUGUUGGAGAGGCAAUGUGUUUGCUUUUCAGGAAAGCAAACGCGACCGUAGCUCAGAACGCAAGAAAGAUAAGGAUAAAGAUAAGAAGGAGAAAUCAAAGGAUACUAAGGUUGAGGAACUUGACGAAGAGACGCUACGAGAGCGACUGCUGGAAAAAGCGGCAGUACGAAGUGGAAAAGAUGGAUCUGAUAGCGAUCGCGAAAGUGAUUUGGACAAGAGUGAGGACAAAACUCCCAGUAGGAUCAAGAACGAAAGGAAACGAAGGCGCAGCGAUAGCGACUGAGUUGAAAUUUAUGUUGUCCUUGCGUAACGGAAUAAUUUCGGCGCGGUGGAUAUGUGCUAAACAAUUGGUGUACGCGGAAUAUGGCGACCCUGCCAAGGUAGUGAAAUUACAAACCAUUGACCUACCGGACAAGCCUCCGGCUGGACACGUGCAUGUGAAAUGGCUUGCAGCACCAAUAAAUCCAGCUGACUUGAACACGCUACAAGGUGUUUACCCAAUAAAACCACCUCUUCCAGCAGUAGCCGGUAAUGAAGGCUAUGGCCGUGUGGAACAGGUAUGCAACAAUUUGUCGCUCAGCGAGCUAGGAUCUCUAAACUUUUCUGUGUCCGUAGAGCUCUUGUUCACAACUAAUUUGUUCCAUCUAUUUCAGUUGCUUACAGUGGAUCCACAAAUGGAAGCUCUUGGACUUCCAUCCUAUCCACCACUUCCUGGAAAUACCGACCUAGCAAAAGUGGAGGAAAUCAGAAGAACAAUUUAUGUUGGCAAUUUGCCCAAAGGUGUUGAUGGGCAAGCCGUUCUCGACUUUUUCAACAGCUAUGUAGGAGAGGCAAAAUCCAAGCAUUCUCGAGUUGCGAUAAUCAAACCGCAGGCUAAAUCCGCUGACCAGGCAUUGGAGGAGGUCGAAGAAGCAAUUCGCAUGGGAAAGAAUGGACGUUCGCGCUCACGUUCACCACUGCGUCGUCGUAGAACUCCUUCACCGUCACCUCGUCGCAAAAGUAGAUCGCCUCGACGUCGCAGAAGUCGUUCUCGAUCGAAAUCGCGUGAACGAAAAAAGAGUAGAUCCAAGUCUCGGGAGCGAAAGCGAAGCCGGUCACGCGAUAGAAAACGCAGUCCAAGUAGACAAAGACGAAGAAGUCGAAGCCGUUUUGUGACAAUUCAGUUCUAUCAGCAUAACUCUCGAAACCUGUCAGCGCAGUGUAAACGUUUUCACUGUUUAGUGAUCGUCGCAGACGUUCCCGCUCACAAGGAUACUAAGGUUGAGGAACUUGACGAAGAGACGCUACGAGAGCGACUGCUGGAAAAAGCGGCAGUACGAAGUGGAAAAGAUGGAUCUGAUAGCGAUCGCGAAAGUGAUUUGGACAAGAGUGAGGACAAAACUCCCAUGUCCGUUGCAAAAGCUGGUCAAGGAAUAUGGAGAACGGACGGUCAUCACAAGGAAACUGAGGUGUUUCCGAUAGACAACGAAUUACCGAUGGAAGCAAGUGCUACUUUGCAGGUGAAUCCCCCAACUGCCUAUCGGAUGCUCAAGGACUUCGUAGAUUUGAAACCCGGAGACACCAUUAUUCAAAAUGGUGCAAACUCUGCUGUGGGGAAAGCUGUGAUUCAGAUAUGCCGGUUGCGUGGCAUUCAUUCGGUGAAUAUUGUUCGUAAAAGAGACAAUCUCGCUGAUCUAGUCAAGGAAUUGAAGGAAUUAGGAGCCGAUGAAGUAAUCACCGAUGAGCAGCUCGCUAAGGAAUACCGUGGGAAGAUCAAAGACGUGCGUCUUGCUUUGAAUUGUGUCGGUGGUAAGUCUACCAUGUUUCUUGCUGCUACACUUGGAUUUCGUGGUUGCAUGGUAACUUAUGGAGGCAUGAGCAAAAUGCCAUUACAGGCAACAUUGUUUCAGAUUCCAACAGGUCCACUCAUAUUUAAAGAUAUCCGUUUGGCAGGGUACUGGAUGUCACGGUGGUAUGAGCAACCUGGUAACACUGAGGAACGUAAAAAAAUGUAUGCCGAAUUGGGAGGAUGGAUCAAAUCGGGAGAAUUCCGCUCGCCAUCGUUCGAAAAGCGACGGCUUGAAGAUCAUGCCGCUGCUAUCGAAGCGGCUUCUGUUCAGUUCGUCAAAAAGCAGUUAUUUGUUAUGUCUGAAAGGUUUAAUGUGAAAUUGACGGUACUGCAGCCUAGGUCUUCCGAAAUGGCUCUCGUGGGUGAUGUGGAGCUGCGAAGCGUCGUGCGUGUAGAGCGUAUCGGAGCCCAUUCUCACAUAAGAGGUCUCGGUGUUGGCCCAAACCUCGAUCCCCAGGAUACUUCAGACGGUAUGGUUGGACAAAUUCAAGCAAGGAAAGCUGCAGCAAUUGUUGUCAAGAUGGUGCAGAGUGGUAAUAUUGCUGGAAGAGGUGUGCUCAUAUACGGUCAACGAGGCACAGGAAAAACUGCUAUUGCCAUGGGGAUUGCAAAAGCUCUUGGCAAAGAUACUCCUUUUGUGUCUAUGUCCGCUUCCGAAAUUUUCUCUGUGGACAUGAGCAAAAGUGAAGCUUUAACACAAUCUUUCCGCAAAGCUAUAGGAGUACGCAUCAAAGAGGAGACUGAGGUUCUCGAAGGUGAAGUAGUCUCCAUUGAAAUGGAUAGGCCUGCCACUGGUGUCGGACGAGUAAGUCGAAUUGGUCGUUCUGCAACACGUUCGCAUGAUUAUGAUGCAAUGGGACCGCAAACGAAAUUCGUACCAUGCCCUAAGGGAGAGAUUCAGACAACAAGGGAAACUGUACACACCGUUUGCCUGCACGACAUUGAUGUUAUCAAUUCCCGUAGUCAAGGAUUUUUAGCGUUGUUUACCGGAGACACAGGAGAAAUCAAAAGUGAAGUUCGUGAACAAAUCAACAAGAAGGUUGCCGAGUGGAGAGAGGAAGGUAAAGCCUCCAUCCAGCCUGGAGUACUUUUCAUCGACGAAGCUCAUUUGCUGGAUUUGGAAUGCUUUUCUUUCCUGAAUCGAGCUAUGGAAUCCGAUCUUAGUCCUUUGCUCAUAAUGGCAACUAACAAAGAGCGGGGUCUUGUUCGUGGGACUGAUGUUAUGGCAAAUUACUGUCUGCCACCCGACAUUGUUGAUCGCCUCAUCGGUAUUCCAACAAAGCCAUAUACGCCUGAUGAAAUUGGACGCAUUCUCAGUCUUAGGGCGGAUGAGGAAGGUGUGAGGAUGGAGGCUAGUGCGCUCACUUUGUUGAAAAUGUUAGUGGCAGAGACAUCAAUGCGGUAUGCAAUGCAGAUCAUCGCCCUAGCAGAUUGCCUGAGGGAACGCAAGAAGAAGCCAAUGGUAAGUAAAGAGGACGUCGGCGAGGCGUACAAGAUGUUCUACGACACCAAGAGGAGCGAGCAAUACCUGAAACAGAACUCGAGCAAGUUCCUGAUGUGA